AUGGGAUUAUUUCAGGGCCAUUCCGUCACAUUGAUUCGGAUAUUUCCUUAUGCUGCCAUCAAGUUUGUAGCAUUGGAACAAAUUCGUGCAAUUUUGAUGCCUACCAAAGAAACAAGGGAUUCCUCUACUAGACAAUUUAUUGCAGGUUCAUUAGCAGGUGUAACGUCUGUCAUGUUUACGUAUCCACUUGACUUGGUCAGAGUUAGAAUGGCAUACGAAGUAAGAGAAGCUGGUAAAAAAAGAGCUGGAUUAAGAGAAGUGUGUAAAAUCAUCUACCAUGAACCAGCACAACAAAUCCACUUGUUGAAUUUCUAUCGUGGAUUCUUACCUACCAUGGUGGGUAUGACACCUUAUGCAGGUGUGUCCUUUUGGUUCUAUCAUAUCAUCACUCGAUUUGCUCGUCAACAUCCUCUAGUCACACCCUACACAAGAUCACCGAUCCAAUUCGAUGAGUUUGCAGACGAUUUAACUUUUAAUCAGAAAAAGGCACUGGAAAAGCCACCACUCAAGACCUGGGCGGAGCUUUUAUGUGGUGGGUUAGCAGGUCUAGUAGCACAAACAAGUAGCUAUCCAUUAGAGAUUAUUCGCAGACGAAUGCAAGUGGGCGGUUUAUUAGAGCCAAAUAAAUUCAUCACGUUUAAAGAAACCAUCCUGGAUAUAUACCGAGUGAAAGGAUUCAAAGGUUUUUAUGUUGGAUUAACCAUUGGUUAUAUCAAGGUCAUACCCAUGGUUGCCGUCAGCUUUCUCACUUAUGAACGUAUGAAGCAAGUAUUAGAGAUCGAUUAA